AUGGAGCAGACGGUGACUCAGAAUCAUGAGCUGCUGUGGCUGUUCUGGAGGCUGUGGGGGCUGCGGCUCCAGCUGUGGGGGCUGCGGCUCGAGCUGCUGUGUGCCCGUGUGCUGCUGCAAGCCCGUGUGCUGCUGUGUGCCAGCCUGCUCCGGCUCCAGCUGCGGAUCCUCUGGGGGCUGCAAGGGGGUAAGCCCAGUUGCUGUCAGUCCAGCUGCUGUCAGUCCAGCUGCUGUAAGCCCAGUUGCUGUCAGUCCAGCUGCUGUCAGUCCAGCUGCUGCAAGCCCUGCUGCUGCCACUGCUGUAAGCCCAGUUGCUGUCAGUCCAGCUGCUGUCAGUCCAGCUGCUGCAAGCCCCGCUGCUGCUCUUCUGGCUCUGGCUCCUGUGACUGCUCUGAGGUCAUCUGCUGUGUCCCCAUUUGCUGCUAG